CGCGGAUCACGUGACGACGCGUCACAUGACCGCUGCGUCACUACAAGCGCGUGUCCGCCCGGCAGAGACGAGCAGCUGGGUUCAGUGUGACAACAGAGGACACGAUGAACGCGCUACUGACCCUGUGCGCCCCCUUGUUGUUCAGCUCGUUGGUCUGGAGUGGAUUUCUCGAAUACGACCAAGAUGUCUUGAUACCAGAGGACUGGACUCAUGUUGGUCGGGUGCGUCCUACGGAGGAGCUGGAGCUGACCUUUGCCCUGAAGCAGCAAAAUGUUCAGCUGCUUGAGGAAAAACUCAGACUGGUGUCAGACCCCGACUUGCCUCAGUAUGGUAAACAUCUCACCCUGGAGGAAGUCUCCUCCCUCGUGCGUCCGUCUGAAGUGACCCACAAGGUGGUGCGUCACUGGCUGAAGAGUCAUGGGAUUACAAACUGCGUGACCGUUCGCACUCAGGACUUUUUGCAAUGCACAAUGACUGCAGAGGUUGCAGAGACGUUGCUUCCAGGAAGCAGGUUCCACCGUUACAUCAGAGAAGGACAAUCUCUCGUGAGGUCUUCAGCUCCCUACUCUGUUCACGACGAUAUUCUCCAGCACCUGGACUUUGUUGGAGGACUUCAUCGCCUUCCUCCCAAAGGGCAAGGCCUGAGUAAAAAGCCGAAGCAGUGGACAGAGGGGGUUCACCUGGGAGUGACCCCUGCCAUCUUGAGGGGCCGUUAUAACCUAACAGCAGCCGAUGUGGGAAAGGCUCAGAACAACAGCCAGGCUGUAGCUCAGUUCUUGGAGCAAUAUUAUCACCCUGCAGACCUGGCUGAGUUCAUGAGCAUGUUUGGUGGGAGCUUCCAGCAUCUGUCUCAGGUGGAUCGAGUGGUGGGCACCCAGGGGGGAGGAAAGGCUGGCAUUGAGGCCAGUCUUGAUGUAGAGUACAUCAUGAGCACAGGGGCAAACAUCUCCACUUGGGUCUUCACCAACCCAGGCCGUCAUGAGACUCAAGAGCCUUUUCUGCAGUGGCUGGUUCUGCUCAGCAACAUGUCUGACCUGCCCUGGGUUCACACAAUCAGCUACGGGGAUGAUGAAGACAGCCUGUCUACUGCCUACAUGAUGCGCAUCAACACAGAGUUCAUGAAGGCUGGCGUCAGGGGAAUCUCUUUGCUCUUUGCUUCUGGAGACAGUGGUGCUGGCUGUAGACAUUUGGGUAAAGAACAAAACUCCUUCAGGCCCAGUUUCCCAGCCUCAAGCCCAUAUGUGACUACAGUGGGAGGAACCUCAUUCAAGAACCCAUUUAAGGUCACAUAUGAAGUCACAGAUUACAUCAGCGGAGGAGGCUUCAGCAAUGUCUUCAAGAUGCCUGACUACCAGGUCAGUGCAGUGCAGGGGUAUCUGAAGACCGUCGCAGCAACCCUUCCUCCCCACUCAUACUUCAACACCAGCGGCAGGGCCUAUCCAGACAUGGCUGCCCUGUCUGAUAAUUACUGGGUGGUCAUCAACAGGGUGCCUGUCCCCUGGGUGUCUGGGACCUCGGCGUCGACCCCUGUGGUCGGAGGCAUGCUGUCUCUCAUCAACGAUCAGCGGCUGCUGAAGGGCCUGCCUGCCCUGGGCUUCCUCAACCCUCGCCUCUACAAGCUCAAGGGACAGGCCUUAUUUGAUGUGACUGAAGGGUGUCACCUGGGCUGCCUGGAUGAGCAGGUUCAGGGGAAAGGUUUCUGUGCUGCACCAUCGUGGGACCCUGUUACAGGCUGGGGGACUCCAAACUACCCUGCACUGCUGGCUGCCCUGCUAGUUAAGUGAAUGCCUGCAGGUACUAUACACACAUCCAGACUCUUGACCGGGUGCCUGAUGCCACAGAAUGCAGGGUGUAAUGGAGGGAAACGAUGCCUAUCACUCUGGAUUCAUUCCUCUUUUUUUUUCUUCAUUUUUCUAGAAUCAUCACCACUUCUUCUCCUGUAUCUGUAUAUUUGUUUUCUCAAACAGGCUUAAAAACUUUGUCUUGGACAUUUUUAGUUCAGGGAUGAUGGUAGCUUGGGAUUUUUAAUGGUUCACUGCAGUUUCCUAUUUCUGCUCUUGAGUGCAUUUCAACUGACCCAGAUUUCUCUGUGAAUCUCUGAAACAAACCUACAGGCAGGUGGUUGUUCACACGUAUGCUUUGAAUUCAUACUACUAGAUACACAGCAUAUGGGAAAUUUGGGUCUACUGCGUGCUAUGCAUAAAACCUAAAUAAAUAAACAGGAUAAUACUGAAAUACACAUCAGUCACAUUUUAGAUACUUUUAAGAUUUAGACAAUUUUGUAUGUUGGAUGUCAAUCAAAUCUACAUAACGGAUGCAAUGAUUUCUCCAGAUCAAGGACUUUUGCAUAUAAUUGGACACAGGUUUGGUUUUCAAUUAUUACUGAGACGGCCAUAAUAUGUAAUAAUUGUUUUGCCAUAUUACUCUGCAGGGAUAUGCUAGGUUCAAAUAGCAUUGAUUAAAUAGGUCUGUGGGGUUAUGCUAGGUUCAAAUGUCAUUUAUUAAAUGGAUCUGCAUGCAAUUCUAAACAUGUCACUUGUAUUUGCAACGUGACAGGGACAUAACAUUUAUAAGACAUUUUUCAAACUUGAUUUUACUUUGGGUUGUUGUGGUUUGCUACAAACUAACUCAACUGCACUGUAGUAUGUGGGUUAAAAUGACUCAGCAGUUCUACCCACCAUUAUUAUUGCACUGUUUUUUAAAAUCUUUAAGUCAUGUAAAUCCUCAAAUCAGAUUUUAAUCAGUAUUCGAUGUGCAAGACUACCUGUUCUGUUAUUUUUGAAUUAGUUGAAGAUGGAUUUUUAGUUAUAAAUGUCAGUUGAUGGCUCAGGAACAUCCCGAGUCAGGUGCGUGUGUCAGCUGCUCUGGAUGCUGCAGUUUUUCUACCAGAUGCAAGAAAAAAAAUCUCUGAACAGACAACAUUGAAAGGAAACCUUUUAAUUCAAAAUGCAAGUUUUAUGCACAUCUUAUGUUCCCUCCAGUUUCUAUGUUAUCUGGUGUGUCUAACGUCAGGCAGAAAGAAUGAUUUGGUGUUCAAAUUCAUUGAGGCGUUGUUCCAGCUGUGAUGUGUCACUUUGAAGCUGCUAAAUUCAUAUUGUAAAAUGUGAUAAACAUAAAAUCAACUGUGUAUUUGCAGUACACUGAAGAAAUAAAGAUUCCAGAACUUUGUUUCA